AAUAGUAAUGUCCAGUAUAUUUGUUAAAUGUUAAAUUAUCUAUGUGUGACUUCAGUUGAUUUUUUCCAUUGUUUAUCUAUUACGAAUGUGCCCUAUAUUUAAUACGUUCUCGUUAUUGUAAUAAUUUUAACAUCGCAUUACGAUGAUAUCUAUAAAGUUUUUGUGUUUUGUUGUUAUUUUUGAACUAACAUGGGGUUAUGAAAGACAGCUAAAUUCGACAAUUAAUCCUGGAUGUCCAUCUACUAUGUGCAAGAACGGUCACAAUAUAUCUAUGGUGCAUGUUUCUGCCUAUGGACCUGAUGAUAUUAUUCAUUAUGUUUGGGAUUAUACUGAAAAACCAUCCGUAUUACUUGCUGUCACAAAUCUAGAAUCAGUACUCGAGGUUGAUUGUGAAAAUUAUUGCAAUGAAAAAGCUAAAUCUAUUAAGUUUUCGGAGGGAACGCUAUAUAAUUUUUCUAUAGUUUUUAAUAAGAUUAUUGAAUAUAAUGAUAAAGAUGAUGAAGGAAAUUAUAACCAGUCAAAGGCUGAUAUAAAUAUAUUUCAUACACAAAAUUUUAAAUGGAAACUAAAAAGUUUUGUUGAAGAUGAGUAUCUUGCCCAAGCCUAUAUAACUGGUGAUGGAUAUGAAGUCUCAAACAUAAUUAAAAAUGGAUUAUUUUCAUUAUCUUUUAAAGCAUUUUCCAGACAUGGAUUUGAUGAUAUCUUGCCUCAUUUACUGCAUACAGCUAAUAGUUCCCAAAUAGAAAUUGAAUUAGAAAAUAUAGAAAUGGACAAAGCAUUUAAUAGCUCUCGAUUUGCUGUUGAAGUUCUAUUGAUUAGCCCUCGAGGAUCUAAUUACUCUUUAGAUGCUACUUCAAAAAGAAGUUUAGAUGAUGAAUAUGCUCCAGGAGUGUUUGAGAUAGUAGAAUUAAUAACAUCAAAACAAACAGUUUCCAACCGAGGUGCUUAUCUGCAAUAUCGUCCUGUAUCAUACACUUCAAAAGAUAGACUUAUAGCAAAUUCUACGGAUGUAAAUAAAUCCUUCUCCUUCAAUCUAACAGAUUCCGUAAAGAAUAUUAAUCAUAGUAUUGCAAAUAGAUUCUAUGAUAAUUCAUUUAAUGAUUCCUUCAUUAGUGCAAUGAAUGUUUCAUUCGGCACUCCAGGAGAUGGGUUUUAUAAAAAUCGAAAUUAUACUACAUGGACGUUUACAUUGGGUUAUGGAAAACCACCUCAUCAGAAAUUUUCACUAGUUGUGAUAGUAGUAAUAUGUGUUGCACUAGGAACACCUUUCUUAUUAAUGGUUACUGGAAUUUUGUACUUUUGUUGCAAGCAUUACAUGGAACAAAAGAGGGAACUAUUGACCUGAUUGGUAUGAUUAAGAUUUAGAAGAGUAUUAAUUUAGAUCGGAAUAAGUGUAAGAUAUUUUCAAUAGUCAAUUUUAUGAUAUAGCUAUCUUUAAAAUUUCUACAAUUAUUAUACCAUAUUUAAUAUAAUGU